GAGAAAUCAAAAUCUAUAGCCAACUCCAACAAUCUCGAAACACAGCCUCUGCGAUACGAGGGUUUUUGUUUAGGGUUUUUCGAUCUAAGCUAUCAAACAGUAAGAAAUGACGUCUCUGAUGGCCAUUCGUCGUUCAAGGAAUUGGAAAUUGGUUUCUUCUACAUCUUCUCUUUCGGUUUUCAAGGUACGGUCUAUUCUGCACUCAGAUUUCUCUUUCAAUAGAACUUUAAUCCUCUCCAAAACCCUAAGCUCUUCCUCUGCUGUUCCUGAUAACUAUCAAAGACCUCUUCCUUCUAGUUAUCAAGAUGAGAGAAACCUUAAUAGCCAAUGGAAUCAGGGAAAAUCUAAUCAGUGGGGCUCGCGACAGGGCCACAAUAAUCAAUGGGAUUCUCAGGGUCAGAACUCUCCCCAGUACCCAAACCGUAAUCAAGUGAACACCAAUCAGUGGAAUUCUACGGACCAGAAUCCUAAUCAAAUGAACCCUAACCAGUGGAAUUCUUCAUCUCAAAAUUUUCCUCAACACCAACGGCAACAAAAUCAUAAUCAGUGGAACUCUUCAGCUUACAAUUUUCCUCAACACCAACAGCAACAAAACCAUAAUCAGUGGAACUCACGGCCUCAAAAUUACCCCCAAUACCAAAACCACCAAACUACUACUCAGGUUGAUCCUAAUGUUCAGGAUCAUCGCCAAUCUAGAAUCCCAAACCAAUGGAACAAUCAAAAUCUGGGUUACCCACAAGCUAGAAACCCUGACCAGUGGGCUAGGGACGGACAAAACCCUAAUCAAGGUCAAGGUCAAGGUCAAGGUCAAGGUCGCGGGGCCUUGGAGACUCCGGCCCCAGUGGUUAAUGCUUACGAGAGUAUUCACGUUCCAGCUCCUUCAAUAGUGGAUUUGAUGCGAUUAUGUCAGGAGGGAAAGAUUAAGGAAGCCCUUGAGAUAUUGGAUAAAGGAGUUAAAGCUGAUGCUAAUUGUUUUUAUCAUUUGUUUGAGUUGUGUGUGAAACAUGAGGAUGCAAAAAAGGUACAUGACUACUUUUUGCAAUCAACAUUAAGAGGUGAUCUUAAAUUGAAUAAUAAGGUGAUUGAAAUGUAUGGGAAAUGUGCAAGUAUGACUGAUGCUAGGAGAGUUUUUGAUCAUAUGCCAGAGAGGAAUAUGGAUUCAUGGCAUUUGAUGAUAAAUGGGUAUGCAAGUAAUAAUUUGGGAGAUGAGGGGUUACAAUUGUUUGAGGAGAUGAGGAAGUUGGGAUUGAAACCAACUGAGCAGACAUUUCUGGCAGUUCUCUCUGCUUGUGCUAGUGCAGAGGCAGUGGAGGAAGGAUUUUUACAUUUUGAGUCAAUGAAGAACGAGUAUGGAAUCAAUCCAGGAGCUGAGCAUUAUUUGGGGGUUAUAGAUAUUCUUGGAAAGUCUGGUUAUGUUAAUGAAAUUGAAGAAUAUAUUCAAAGAUUACCGUUUGAGCCAACUGCAGAAAUCUGGGGUGCAUGGAGGAAUUAUGCUCGGAUUCAUGGAGAUGUUGAUAUUGAAGAUCGUGCUGAGGAGUUGAUGGUUGCUCUUGAACCGUCAAAGGCUGUUGCCAACAAAAUUCCUACUCCUCUACCGAAGAAGUAUAGUGCAAUCAGCAUGCUUGAAGGAAAGAAUAAAAUUAUUGAGUUUCGGAAUCCUACUCUUUACAAAGAUGAUGAGAAACUCAAGGCUAUGAGUAAGAUAGUGAGCUAUGUUCCCGAUACCAGAUAUGUUCUUCAUGAUAUUGAUCAGGAAGCUAAAGAGCAAGCCUUGCUGUAUCACAGUGAACGGUUGGCAAUUGCAUAUGGUCUUAUCAGUACUCCUGCAAGGACACCUUUGAGAAUCAUCAAGAACCUCCGGGUGUGUGGUGACUGUCACAAUGCUAUCAAGAUAAUGUCUAGGAUUGUUGGAAGGGAAUUGAUUGUUAGGGAUAACAAAAGAUUUCAUCAUUUCAAGGAUGGCAGUUGCUCUUGUGGAGAUUACUGGUGAAGAUAUUGUCACUUUGAACAUCCAUUAUAUGUAUUAAGUGACCCGAUUUCUCUUUUAGGAAUUUGGAUAUGUAGGGUGUUGUAACUUUGGAGCCAUAUCUGCUACCAUGCACGAGAAAUCAACUUUUUUAUUGCUUUGCAUGUAGGGUAUGGUUGUUCUAAUGCUCAAUCAGUUAUUUGUUAUGAUAUUCCUAUGAUUCACAUCUUUUGACCUUA